UCUAUGGUCAGACCACUUGCCAUGUGACGCAUUACGUACGCUCUGCGUACACUAACCGUACUGUUUUCUUUUUUUGCCAAUGCUGUACAUGCGCUCAUCAACCAGGCUCAAUGACUGGUCAGGCUAACAUGAAGCGGAGACAGCAUACUACAGACGGUUGCGACUUACGUGUAGUAAGAGCUACCCGGCAAGGACAAGCUUUUUAACGGCUUUACGACACUCUUCAGGUGUAGCGAGAUACAGGGUGACAACAAAAUAUGGCUGGGAAGGCUUUCAGAGCGUUGCGCCUUUGUCGGCAUCACAUGGCCUUGCUGCGCGGAUGCACGCAUGCAGACUCCAGCAUUCUGCUACGAAGACCCUUCAGUUCAGGCCGAGGAGGCAAGAGAAGAGGAGUGCUUAAGACUAUGCUGCUGGGAGUCUCUGUGGGUGUGCCCCUAGUGGUGGGAGUCCGAUACGCCAUAUCUGAACCUCGCGAGAGGCGGAAAAUGAAGGUUUUGGUGGAGGGCAUCGGCCGCUUCUGUAGGUCUCUAUAUGUUGGAAUCUUGAUUUCAGUGGAUUAUUGGUGGACGUCAAAUGUAACACUCCGUGGCUUAGAAGAGAGCAGUUUGGCCUUUUCCAAGGGGAUGUCGGAGUGCCACCAGAGGGCGGCAGACAACAUAGUGAACGGGGCCGUGCAGAACGGGGGCCUGUAUAUCAAACUGGGCCAGGGCCUGUGUUCCUUCAACCACCUGCUGCCCCCCGAGUACAUCCGCACCCUGCAAGUACUGGAGGACAAGGCCCUCAACAGGAGGUACAAGGAGGUAGAUGCACUCUUUCAGGAGGACUUCAACACUACGCCUGACAGGAUGUUCAAGACGUUUGACUAUGAGCCAGUAGCAGCAGCAAGCUUGGCGCAAGUACACAAAGCAGAGUUGCAUGAUGGGACACCAGUGGCUGUGAAGGUGCAGUACAUUGACCUCAGAGACCGGUUUGAUGGUGAUAUCCGAACACUGGAAGUUCUCUUGGAUGUUAUAAAGUUCAUGCAUCCAAGUUUUGGGUUCCGAUGGGUCUUGAAGGACCUGAAGGGAACGUUGGCUCAGGAGCUGGACUUUGAAAACGAAGGCAGGAACUCCGAACGAUGCGCGCAGGAUCUCAAGCACUUUAAAUUUGUCGUCGUCCCUAAGGUGUUCUGGGAACAAACGAGCAAGAGGGUGCUGACGGCAGAGUUCUGCGAAGGCUGCAAAAUAAACAACCUAGAAGAAAUCAAGAGGCAGGGGUUGAGCUUAAAGGACACGGCCGACAAGCUGAUCCGUACCUUCGCCGAGCAGAUAUUUUACACCGGCUUCAUUCACGCCGACCCCCAUCCCGGCAACGUGUUGGUGAGAAGAGGUCCAGAUAAAAAAACAGAGCUCGUUCUUUUGGACCAUGGACUGUACGAAUGCCUCAGCAAAAGUGACAGGGCGGCUCUGUGCAAGCUGUGGCGCGCCAUCGUCCUGCGAGAUAAAGCCGCUAUGCAGACAUACUCCAACGACCUGGGGGUCAAAGAGUACUUCCUGUUCUGCGAGAUGCUGCUGCAGCGGCCAAUCAACAUGCAGGAGCUGGGCCUGGCAAACAUCCUGAGCCGGGAGGAGACGUCCUACAUGCGGGAGAUGGCCGUGCACCACUUCGACAGCGUCAUGCAGGUGCUCAAGUCCCUGCCCCGCCCCAUGCUGCUGGUCUUCCGCAACCUCAACACGGUGCGCAGCAUCAACAUCGCCCUGGGGGCGCCCGUCGACCGAUACUUUAUCAUGGCCAAGAGCGCUGUGGGGGGCUGGGGGCGCAUCCAAGUGGAGGAGUCCAGAGUGCUUCCUACCCUCAGGCUGUUUGGCUGGCUCUGGACGGCGUGGGAGAGCGUCAAAUUUGAGUGUGCUUUACGGUCAGAGAUGGCGAUUAUGAGCCUGACGAGAUCGCUGCUCUACCUGCUGUCCUACUUUGGCUUGGUAUCACUGGGUGAAGAGGUGCAGCAGUACCUGCAGUGAGCGAGACUCCGUCUCUUUACCUCCUGGAAUGACGUGGUGCAGGCACCUACCUGGACUGUAAGGCGUGACAUGACCAAUUCACUCGCGCCCAGCACAGAGACACGCAGUGUGCUCCAUGAAAGCCUGGGAAGUAAAUGGACUGUUUCCUUUAACAGCUGACCUGGGUUGGUCUGUUUCCUUUAACAGCUGACCUGGGUUGGUCUGUUUCGUUUAACAGCUGACCUGGGUUGGUCUGUUUCCUUUAACAGCUAACCUGGGUUGGUCUGUUUAGUUUAAACGCUGACCUGGGUUGGUCUGUUUCCUUUAACAGCUGACCUGGGUUGGUCUGUUUAGUUUAAACGCUGACCUGGGUUGGUCUGUUUCCUUUAACAGCUGACCUGGGUUGGUCUGUUUAGUUUAAACGCUGACCUGGGUUGGUCUGUUUCCUUUAACAGCUGACCUGGGUUGGUCUGUUUAGUUUAAACGCUGACCUGGGUCGUUCCCAUUAUCAUUCAAUCGCUAUUGACAAAGGACCAGGACUGCCAAAAUCCAUUCACCUGUUCAACUCUAAUGCCAUUAAACGCAUGUAACGACCAGUAAAGUGCCAAGAUGACAUCAAUAACUUUCAAGAAAAAUCCCAUCAGGUUUAUACGCUUUUUGAAACCUCAUUUUAUACUGGUCAAAAUGAAUUGCGGUAAGCAGCAACAUACUUUAUUGUGCAUUUAUAUUUACCGGAUUGUUGCCUUUAGCAGUGCUUUUAAACAUUUUCAAGGGUCUUGGAAGGAUCUCUUGUAAUCUGAUUUUAGUUGGCUUAAAACAAAAGGAACAAGAGCUUGAUUUGGAAAACAGUUUCAUAUAUUGCAAAUGGCAUUGCUUACCUCAAGACAUAUUGUGCAAAAAUGCACAGGGACACAUUUCAAAUCAACGCUUUUCUUCUCAAGAUAAAAAGUGCAGCCAAUGACAAUACAAAAACUGACUAAGGUCUAAAUAAUUCUGUGAAUUUGGUUGUGCUGUAGCAAACAUUUUAAAAAUAAUUGUGCUGUUCAUCCAUCUCCAAAACUAUUGAAUUGUGAUGAAUUUGUUUUGAUAAGAGAAUUUGAAUCUUAUCUGUGUAUUACAUGGACCAAGUCUACUUCAUCUUAACUAAUGCAUUUAAUAAAACAACUAAAAUAUUAA